GACUCAGUACUGCGUUGUCGCUCGGUGGCUAUAACAGAUAGUGAGUGAAAAAAAGAGCGAAAAAUACAAAGUUACGCCCACUUCCCUAUUGUAUUGGAAAGCACACAUUCUGAGCUACGCUACCUCCUUCCUUCCUUUUUUCUCGCUCGCUCUUCGGGACUUCCAGUAUUAGUUGAUCAGUCGUCAGAACAGAUUGUCGCGCGUUUCCAACGAUGCUUUGCUAAAGACGCGAAAGCAAGCAAUAAACAAGAAAAAUAAAACCCUGCAAUUACAAUGGAUAAGUUCUACAGGUUAUUCUGCUGCCUCCUGUACUUUGGAUUCUUAUUUACCGGUUUGGAUGCCACAAAACCGAAGAUCUACAUUGACAACAAAGUGCACGACUACCUGGAGCACGUCAUCGCCUCAAACGGAAACUUCACUGUAAUCUGCGAAGGCACGGAACCCAUCAACUGGGUGUUCAAUGAAACGUCAACCAGUUCCACUAAGCGAAUCGAGUCGAACAGAAUCGACAAGAAGGAGUUCAAAUAUUCGUCUACGCUUUAUCUGGAGAAUGCAAACUACAGAGACACCGGUUUCUUCAACUGCAAAGCCACCGACGCCGAAGACGGCGAUAGAAAUAGAACCGCAGAGCUUUACCUCUACGUAGAAGAUCCGGAGCAUUUGGCUGUGCUGGAUGAAGAUUACAACACACUCCACACGCAUUACAACAGCGAGAUGAUAAUUCCUUGCAGACCGACGUCACCGAAUGUGAAGGUUGUUCUCUACAAGAACGAAGAAACGGAGGAAGAGGGUUACUAUUGGGGAAAGGUUCAUCUCGGUCAGAGGCUGAAUGACAGUACGGUCGUCCAGUUUACGCCGACCAUCGGCUUUAUCAUCACCCCGUACGAUGCGGGGAAUCAGAUGGGAGGACCAGAGGAUCAAAAUAGUCAAAUCUAUGUAUGCCAAUUCAGCAGAGACGACGAUCUGAGCAACGCACCGCAAAACGUCCAUUACAUUAUCAUUGUCGAGCCCAAGGCGACGUUCAUAGAUAGACCGGAAAUCGAGGACACGAGCAACGGACACACGAUCGUCGGAAGCACCAUGCACCUCCGCUGCCAUCUGAACAGUAUAGUUCAGUUCUCAAUGAAAUGGGUUUUACCCAACAACAGAGACGAUCAUCGUUUCGUUUAUGGCAAUAUCACCAGCGUCUCACAAAGUUCCCAUUACAAAGAUCUCUGGAUUCGCAACGUCACCAAAGAAGACCAGGGCAAUUACCAGUGUUUGGUCAACGAUUACACCAACAAUAACAACCAAACUCAUUUCGUCAAAGUCUACGAUGUUAAUGAGCAUUUCAUAAAUUUAACUGAAGAGAACAAUCUGUAUUCGAUAUCGGCGAGUGCCGGAGAACCUAGCGUCCAAUGGAGCAUCGACGUCGAUACGCAUCCCGUUGAGAACUUCACCAUGUACUGGUUGAACAACAAAAACGAAUUCAUCGAGAUGAUCGAAAUGGACGAGAUGAGCACGAAAUCUCAAAAAUACACGACAAAACGCACCAAAACGGAGGUUGUUCUCAAGAUCAACAGAAUCAGCAUUACUGACUUUGGAAAUUACACUUUGGUGGCGAAGAACGCCUACGAAGAGGAAAGACUCAACCUGUUUCUCAACAUCACCGAUAAACCCACCCUUCACAUAGAAAGCUCCCCGUUCCAUUUCAUCGGUCAGAAGAGUUACCUGAAUUGCGUUGUAGCCGCAUAUCCGAAACCGAUAGUUCGAUGGGCAUACAAAGACUGCUUAACAGAUCAAUGCAAAUUUAAUCCAAUCAAAGAGUUUUCGAGCGAGACGAACGGUCUUCAAAUCGUUUCCAAAUUGCAGCUGCUAGCCAGAAAUUCUGGGCUCGUACGGUGCAUGGCAGAAAAUACUUUGGGAACGGAUGAAUCCGAAAUCGGGUAUUACGUAACAGAUAUUAAAAAUGGUUUCGAUAUGUGGACUUCGGAGAACGUAAUCCAUGAAGAUCGUAUGGACAAGGUGGCCGUAGGUGAUCAAGUGGUUCUCAAUUGCGGUGCUUCCGUUUACAAUUACAGCAAAAACAUCAUCUGGUACAAAGACAAUGAGCGUUUGGAACACGGCGAUGAAUUCGUAGUGGAACAAAGCUUCACGGACUUUUCAUACAAGUCGAAGCUUACCAUGAAAAAUGUGACGUACAACGAAAGCGGAGAUUACACAUGCAAAGUCGUCAAUCAAGCGAUCACCAAUGAGCUGAAUGUUACUCUGAAAGUGUUAGAUCCUCAACGUCCCAUCAUCUUCAAGAGCAACCUAAAAGAUCUGUCGAUGGAUCUACCUGACUCCAUAAAGAUGGAAUGUUUCUUCAAAGGAAUUCCUGCAGCUUCAAUUGCUUGGUUCAAGGAUGACAAAAUGAUCAAAGAAGACAACAGGACGUUUUUCAACAACAACAAUCAGGUGAUGUUGUUCAAAAGAACCGUCGAAUUGGACGAAGGAGUUUACAGGUGUCAGGUGCGAAAUCGAAUUGGCGGAGUCUACAGAGCGAUGAGACUGACAUUCAAUAAUAAAUCAUCGCCGUACGUCAAAUACGUCAGCGGAGUGGCUGGUUUUCUGCUGUUCUUGCUGAUCGUGUGCAUUGCAUUCCUUAUAAUAAAAUGCCGCAAGGAAAAGAAAUUGCGUGAUGAACUGCGGAAGGCCGGUCUUGAGAAUUUCGAAGAGGGAAUGAUGGAGAACAUCAACUCUGAGCUGGAUUUGGGAGAGCAGGCCGAAUUGCUGCCGUACGAUAGGAAAUGGGAGUUCCCGAGGGAGAAGAUCAAGUUGGGAAAGCAGUUGGGAUCCGGAGCUUUCGGGGUGGUGAUGAAAGCCGAAGCGGAGGGAAUCGUCGAAAAUGAGGAUAAGAGCACCGUCGCCGUGAAGAUGGUGAAGAGGAACACGGAUUUCAUGUACACGCGAGCCCUCGUAUCGGAGCUCAAGAUCAUGGUGCAUCUGGGGAAGCAUCUGAACGUCGUCAAUCUGUUGGGUGCAUGCACUAAAAAUAUUGCAAAACGUGAGCUUCUGGUAAUCGUCGAGUUCUGCCGUUACGGAAACCUACAUAACUACCUCAUUCGACACAGGGAGAACUUCAUAGAUCAGAUAGAUCCUAAGACCGAGAAGAUCAACUUCUGCAUAGACGAAUUACGCUCGUGCUCGUUCUCGAGCAACCGCAGUAAUUCCACCUCCUCGAAAGCUAAUCUUAAAUAUCUUGCAUUGUCGUUUCCAAAAAAUAACAGUGGCGGAAACUCUGAUGGUAGUGGAGGAGGAGGAGUAGGAGGUAUGAUGGGAGCAGGAGGAGGACACGUGAAUGGGAUGAUGGCUGAUUACAGAAGCAUCAAUACGGGACAAACUGAUACCACUUUGGUAACGAUGACACCGAAUGGUGUAGGAGAAGUAGGACAAGACGAUUUGAUGACUUUGAGCAACAAUAGCAGUAUACAACCUCAAUGGAGGUCGAAUUACAGGGGCGAUUAUAAGGGUAACGUGCAGCCUAUUUGCACUAAAGAUCUCCUAACUUGGGCCUUCCAAGUCAGCAGAGCCAUGGAGUAUUUAUCAUCUAGGAAAGUACUGCAUGGUGAUCUCGCAGCGAGGAACAUUCUGCUGGCCGAUAAUAACAUAGUGAAAAUAUGCGAUUUUGGUCUGGCCAAGAGUAUGUACAAGAACGAAAAUUAUAAGAAGAAAGGAGACGGUCUGAUGCCCAUCAAGUGGAUGGCCAUCGAGUCCAUCGGCGACAGGAUAUUUUCAAUGCAAUCGGACGUGUGGUCCUUCGGCAUUGUCCUAUGGGAGUUUUUCUCCUUAGCGAAAACACCAUAUCCCGGAAUGGAGGCAAACGAGAGGCUGUAUCAGCAUCUGAAGAACGGCUACAGGAUGGAUAAACCUCACUACGCCACCAAAGAAAUAUAUCGAAUGAUGAUGGAUUGCUGGGAGGCAAAUCCGUUGAACCGGCCAUCCUUCACCACUCUGGCCCAGCGCAUCGGAUUCAUGCUCGAGGAGAACGUCAGACAAUUUUACAUCGAUUUGAACGAUCCGUACCUACAGAUUAACACGAUGCGAUUGGGUGGCGACGAGAGCGAUUACUUAGCGAUGUUCAGUCCACCAGACUUUGAGAAUUUGUCUUCGCCGCAGUCGUACAUAAACGAGGAGGAUGCGCAGAGCCAUCCGAACGGAUACAUGUGCAUGAAGCAGGGAACUAUAUUCAGUCCGCGCGCGAUGUCCCCAUCUUCGGAGACGGCGUUUCCGUUCGAACUGGAGUCGUCGCGAUCGAAGAAAAACUCCGAGUCGGAGGAAGGCGGGGUGUGCGGUCGGGAGACGGUUGUUGAGAUGGUGCCGAUGCUAGAACGGUCCGAACACAAUCGCGAUCCAUCCGACUGUACGACGGCAAGCAGCACCAGCUUUUCGAAUCCGAGUUAUCACGCACUUCCCGUGUUAGCGCCUUCAUCGCCACCACCUUCCAGUCACAUCUCAGGUGAAGAUAUCCUGCAGGCUGAAAAUAAUUACGUGAACAUGCCGAAGAACAAAAGCGUCUACCUGAACAACAACAAAUUGCAGGAAAUGGUAGACACGGGGACACCGUACGUGAACAACACGACGCGCGAUUGGGAACGCGUUGGAUGAACCGAAGGAUCUCUUUUCCCACUGUUAUGUAAAUAAGCAUGCUAGUCUUUUCAUACAAAAAUAAAAACAUUUAGAUCUAAGUGAAUGAGAAAGUUACCGCACGAACUUGUACAAGUGCAACGCAAACUGAUUAGAGAAGAUAGGACAUUUUUUACUUUCUUUUCACAAAAGCAAUAAUUGACAAAUUGCGAGAAAUACAAACUCUUAUUUUUGCUUACUUUGUUAUGAAUAUACCAAUGCAAUUAAGUAAUUUAAUGUUUCUUUUAUUAUAUAUUAUAUACAU